ACGAAAAUAUCAGUAAAUUUCUGCUCGGAUCGAAGAAAUUGAUUAGCUGUGAACUGAAAAAGAAAAAGAGUAUUAAUCACUCUCUCUUUCUCUCUCUCUUGUUAAUUAUUUGUUUAACAUUCUAAUAAUUAGAGGGUAGAAGGGAGAAAUGGAGUCGACGGAAUCAUCUUACGUGUCAUCGCCGGAGGCGGCGAGAAAUAGAUCUCCUCCGCCGCCUAAAUCGCCGACUUCUGGAAAUGUGGAGAAGCCUAUGUAUAUAAGGUUUCUUGUCUCCAAUGCUACGGCUGGUUCUGUAAUUGGAAAGGGUGGGUCAACAAUUACUGAAUUUCAGUCAAAAUCAGGAGCUCGAAUUCAGUUGUCACGCAAUCAUGAAACAUUCCCAGGAACAUCAGACAGGAUCAUUAUGGUCUCUGGAGCGAUUGAUGACAUACUCAAAGCUAUGGAGCUUAUCCUUGCAAAAUUAUUCGAUGAGCUUAAUGUUGAAGAUAAUGAAGAUGUUGGACCAAGAACAAAAGUCAGGCUAAUUGUUCCCAAUAGCUCUUGUGGCAGUAUAAUUGGAAAAGGAGGAGCUACCAUAAAGUCAUUGAUUGAGGACUCCCAAGCUGGCAUUAAGAUAUCUCCAUUGGAUAAUAAUUUUUAUGGCUUGAAUGAUAGGCUAGUAACACUUACUGGCACACUAGAUGAGCAGAUGCAAGCAAUUGAUUUGAUUCUUUCCAAGCUUUGCGAAGACCCUCAUUACUCACAAGCUAUGCAUGCUCCAUUUUCAUAUGCAGCGACUUACUAUUCGAUGAGCUAUGCACCAAAUGGGACUGGCGGGAAGUUUCCAAAUCACAAGGAGGAUCGUAGCAACUCCAUCACGAUUGGUGUUCCGGAUGAGCAUAUUGGGCUGGUUCUUGGGCGUGGUGGAAGGAAUAUAAUGGAAAUUAGUCAGGUAAGUGGGGCCAGGAUAAAAAUAUCGGAUCGAGGUGACUUCAUGUCUGGAACAACAGAUAGGAAAGUGACAAUCACAGGAUCACAGCGAGCAAUCCAUCAAGCUGAGUGUAUGAUAAUGCAGAAGGUAGCAAAUGCCACCGAGAGGAUGAUGGAUUAGUUUUCUGGCUCUUACAACCAUUCUUGUUGGGUCUUUUGAUGGAAUGCUUAUAACUUUGAGUGAAACAUAUUCGCAAUCAUUGGCAUACUUGGAGUCAACAGAGCUGAGACUAAUCAUAGCUGCAAGAACCACAAGUUUUGAAUUGUAUUAGGUAUUCUUCGGAACCUACAGACUAAAUUAUUGUUUUUUUUUUAAAAAAAAAAAGAGGGAAAAUUUGUUGAAUAUAGGCUUUGACUGGUUAUUCUAAUUAUCAUGUCAGAUUGCAACAGUUAGCUGUUUACUUCAUCUUGUAGGCUGCUUCACUUUUUAACUUCUGAUUUAUAAUUUUGGAAGGAUACCUCUUUUCGCAUUA